GUCAAAGCUUAUAUGCAUGAAUUAUUUGGGUACAUUCAUCUUCGUGUCAAAAAAUCGCGAACUCAGCUUCGGAUACAUUAAAAUAGUUUCUGUAAGGUGUUUUACUGCCACCGAGUAAUUAAUCGGAGUUUAAAUAGUUUCAUUUGAAUUUGGAAUUGCAGUAACUAAGUAUGGCAGAUAGUGCUGGAGAAUGGUGCUUAAUCGAGAGUGAUCCGGGUGUGUUCAGUGAACUUAUUCGAGGAUUUGGUGUCGAAGGAGUUCAGGUGGAAGAACUUUGGAGUUUGGAUGAGGAGCAUUUUAAGAAUUUGGAACCCGUUCACGGAUUGAUUUUCCUGUUCAAAUGGGUUAAAGAUGAUGAGCCGGCGGGAUCAAUCGUUCAAGAUAGCCGGCUAGAGAAAAUUUUCUUUGCUAAACAGGUUAUCAACAACGCCUGUGCGACACAAGCGAUUCUCAGUAUUCUGCUGAACACUAAACAUGCCGACAUUGAGCUCGGAUCGACGUUGUCAGAUUUUAAAGAAUUUGUAACUUCAUUUGAUGCAUAUAAUAAAGGACUGGCCUUGAGUAAUGCAUCCCAGAUAAGAACGGUGCAUAAUUCUUUUGCCCGUCAAACGCUAUUUGAGAUGGACAAUAAGCAUGGUAACAAGGAUGAAGAAGUUUUCCAUUUCGUCGGGUACGUACCGGUGGACGGUAGACUGUAUGAAUUAGAUGGUCUGAAGGAAGGUCCUAUUGAUUUGGGAGCUGUUGGUGCCGGUCAAGACUGGACGAACGUUGCCCGACCUAUAAUUGAAAAACGCAUACAAAAGUACAGCGAAGGUGAAAUCCAUUUCAAUUUGAUGGCGAUUGUUUCUGAUCGGCAGUUGAUUUAUCAGCGCCAGAUUGAUCAACUGUUGCAGUCCAGCGGGGACGAAGAAAUGGAAACCGAUACCAAGCAGAAUGAAGUUACUAGACUGCGAUUGCUGAUCGAAGACGAAGUUGCGAAACGUAAGCGGUACAAGGUAGAAAACAUUCGCCGGAAGCAUAAUUAUUUGCCGUUGAUUGUGGAGUUGCUGAAGAUAUUGGCCCAAAACGGGCAGUUGAUGCCGCUGUUUGAAAAAGCAAAACAACGUGCCUCCGAGCGAGAAUCUAGCAAGACUGGAACACCGAAAUAGGCGGGGGGAUUUGUGUGGCUGAAAGUUCAUCUUAAGAAACGUAAUAAAGCGACGUUCUUUAUUCUUAAACUAAGCUGUAAAA